AUGCCCGGAAGGGAGAAAGGGAAACGCCUUAGUAAGCGCAGCAACCCCCUUGGUGAAGAUCUCCAUGUGGACCGCUUUGCCACUCUGAAGCGGCCCUUAGCUGCGGAUGAUGCUCUGGAAGAAGAUCCUGAGAAUAAUGAAUUUAUCAUAUCCAACCGCGCAACAAAACGAAUCCUCAAAGCAGCCAAGGCUCAACUAGAAAGCAUAUCAAGUGAGAUUGGCAAUGGGGAGAUUCUCAACGACGAUGGUAAUGAAGAAAAGGUGACAGCAACGGACGUUGGGUUGCGGGAGAUGCUUGAGGGUGCCACCUCAACGAGCGGCUACUUUCAGACCGAGGGGCAAGAAGACGACGAUCAAGAGGUGGAGCUAGAGUAUGAUGAUGCAGAAUCGAACAUGUCGGAAAUGCCGUCCGAGGUUCCUGAGAUGGCAGGCGACCUCUAUGGUAUCGAUGAAGAGGAAGCCCGCAUCCUGCAACGUUUUCAACCAAAAUCGCGAGUUCAAAAUCGCCAACUGGCUGACAUCAUCAUGGAACAUAUCAAGGAAAAGGAAUCGAGCAUUACUGCUGCUGCGCAGUCACAGUCUGCGGAUGUCUUGCAACACAAUGAGGAGGAUGGCGAAGAGCGAAUAGACCCGCGUGUUGCCCGUGUAUACACCGCGAUUGGCAGUGUCAUGAAGCGAUACACUUCCGGAAAAGUUCCGAAGGCAUUCAAAAUUUUGCCAAACGUAAAAAAUUGGGAACAGCUGCUCAUGCUUACGAAACCGGAUCAGUGGUCGCCGCACGCCACAUACCAAGCCACGCGCGUUUUUGCCGCCAACUUGAACGAGCGCAUGGCGCAACGCUUCUAUGCCUCUGUGCUGCUGCCCAUCGUCCAUGAUCACAUCAAGGAGAACCAUAAACUGCACCCGGCUUUGUACAUGGCGGUGCGGAAGGCGCUCUUCAAGCCUGUUGCCUUUUUCAAAGGGUUCCUCCUCCCACUGGCAACCGACGAGGAGUGCACACUGAAGGAAGCCUUGAUCGUGGCGAGCGUCCUGCAGCGCUCCCACCUCCCACCAGUGCCCACAGCCGUCACGAUAGUUAAGAUUUCACAACAACCCUUCUCGGGGCCCUGUGCAGUGUUUUUGCGCGUUCUCAUCGAUAAGAAAAUGGCGCUGCCAUAUCAAGCUAUUGACGCCCUGGUCUCCUACUUUCAUCGGUUCAUCCAGACACAUCGAAAAGAGGAGCCGCUCCCGGUGCUAUGGCAUCAGACGCUUCUUUCCUUCACGCAGCGCUACAAGAACGAUCUGCAGGUGGAACAACUGCAACUACUCUCUCAGGUGUGUGGCGUGCAUUUCCAUUACAUGAUCACACAAGAAAUCCGGAGGGAAAUAGCGGCCGCACUGCGCACCAAGGCGGUAUCUACGCAAUCAUGA